AUGGAUAAUUGCAAUAUUUUGAGCUGGAACUUGAGAGGGCUGAAUAGUUCUAAUAAGCAUAACUCAGUUAUAGAUCUUUGUAGUAGGUAUAAAAUAAGAGUUGGUGGUUUCUUAGAAACAAAAAUGAAGGGGAAUAAAAUUAUAGAGUUCAUGGAGCAAAAACUUCCUAAUUGGGAGUUUUAUACUAGUUCAGUCACUGAAGGCAGAAUUUUGAUAGUUUGGAGGAAGGUUUUCGUAAGGGUUACGAUUCUUGAGAAGUCUAAUCAGUUUGUUCACUGCUUGGUCAAGAUGGCUGGUCAGAAGCAAUUUUUUUAUGUUACUUUUGUCUAUGGGCUUAAUUCGAUAAAUGGCAGGAGGAGUUUAUGGGAAGGGUUACAACGGUUAUCUCUCUUGGAUAAAGCGUGGAUUAUAUUAGGGGACUUCAAUGGCCCUUUUUCUGGUAUGGACAGAUCUGGUGGGAAUCCAAUUUCAGCUUUGGAGUUGACAGAUUCUCUUCGUUGGCUUGAGGAUACUCAUGUUGAAUCUCUAAGGAGUUUACGUUCUUUUUUCACUUGGACUAAUAAUCAAAAUGGUCCAACAAGAAUCUAUUCUAAAAUUGACCAUGUUUUCAUGAAUGAGACUUGGCUUGAUCUCUUUCCUCAUUCUAAUGCUGUUCUUAGAUGGGAAGUUGUUUUAGAUCAUUGCUCUUGUGUUGUUAACAUUCUACCUAUGGAGAAUUUGGGUUUUAAAUUGUUCAGAUUUUACAAUUUUUGGGCAGAUCAUCAUGACUUCACUGAGGUGGUUAUGAACAGCUGGAGGAUGCCUAUUCAGGCUACUGGUUUAAGGGCUAUAUUCUUAAAAACUUUGAGGCUGAAGCAUAGGUUAAAAACUUUUAAUAGAGAUAAUAUUGGUGACAUUAGGUUGAACUAUCACACGGCUAAGGAGAAUUACCAAGAAGCUCAACUUCAAGCUCAAUCUCAUCCUUAUGACUUUAGUUUUCAGAAAGUGGUGAAGGAAGCUGCUGAAGCUUUUUCGGUUCAGAAGAAAAUGUUCCAUAGUUUCUUGACUCAAAGAAGUAAACUAACUUGGUUAAGGCAGGGUGAUAUGAAUACUUCUUUUUUCCAUGCUUAUUUGAAGAAGCGUAGAGCGGAAAAUGGUAUUGCUUCGUAUAUCAAUGAUCAAGGUAAUCUGGUAGACAAUUUCCCUGAAGUUGUUUCUCACUUUGUUGAGCAUUUCAGAGGCUAUUUGGGGAGCCCGAGUUCUGCUACUGGAAGGAUAAAUUUACAGUGUAUAGCGAUGGGAUCUAAGCUCUCAGUUGAUCACCAACUGAUGCUCUUAAAACCUUUUUCUCGUAAGGAAAUUCGAGAUGCUUUAUUUGGUAUUUCCAUCACUAAGUCCCCGGGACCAGAUGGUUUUGGUUCUGGUUUUUUCAAGGUAGUCUGGCAGGAUAUAGGGGAUGAAGUUUGCUCAGCUAUUAGUCAGUGCUUUGACACAGGGUGCUUUCCUUCUGAGCUUCAUGAAACUUCUCUGUCGCUGGUCCCUAAGGUGGCAAAUCCAUCCCGGGCUAUAGACUAUAGACCUAUUGCUUGUUGCUCUACUUUGUACAAAUGUAUUGCCAAGCUUUUAUGUUCGAGAAUGGCUUUAGUCCUUCCUGAGAUUAUUCAGCCGAACCAGGGAUCCUUUAUAAGGGGUCGUUCUAUUGCUCAUAACAUCAUGAUUUUUCAGGAUCUUAUCAAAAACUAUGGGAGAGCUUCUACUUCACCAAGAUAUAGAUGGAUAAUGGUUUGUUUGCGGAAUACUUCUUACUCUUUGCUCAUGACUGGUAGAGUUCAAGGUACUCAUUCAGCUGUUAACACUCUUAAAGAUGUUCUUGUGGAAUUUAGUUCUGCUACUGGUGUCACUACCACAGAGAGAAAGCAUAUUGUCCAAGAGAUUCAACUCCCGGAAGGCUCCUUUCCUGUGAAGUACCUUGGGGUGCCUAUGAGGCCAACUAAGUGGAGACAUGAAGACUGUGAAAUUAUUCUUCAGAAAAUUAGAUUGAGACUUCAGUCUUGGACUAGCAGACAUCUAUCUUUUGCUGGCCAAAUGCAACUCAUUCAUUCAAAGGUUUGCCUUCCAAAAGCUUAUGGUGGUCUCGGUUUCAGAGAUGGAGCCAAUUCGAACAGAGCUAUUUUAGCUAAAUAUAUAUGGGCUAUUUCUGAAAAGCCUGAAGAUUUAUGGGUUAAAUGGAUCAAUGCUAUAUAUCUUAAAGGUUUUAACUUCUGGAAUUAUACUCUGAAAUCAGAUAGUAGCUGGUAUUGGAGGAAGUUAUGUCAUAUCAGGGAAAAAUUUAGUCAUGCUGAGAUUCUUGCUGCUGGUUUUCUUGGGAGAUUUCAGCCUUCAAAGCUUUACAACAGCUCUCUAAAUCAGCAGCUGGUGGGCUAUUACCAUGCAGUUUGGUGUAAGCUUACCCUUCCUAAGCACAUAUUCCUUCUUUGGCAGGUGGUCAAUGCUCAGUUGCUCACCAGGGACAACUUAAUCCGGUUACACAUUCAGGUGACAAACCUGUUUUUUCCGGUCUGUGGGAGUCACUUUGAGAGUCACCCUCACCUCUUCUUUGAUUGCUGCCUCUCUAAGCAGAUACUCAAUAUCAUUUUUGACUGGCUUGGAUUCAUAGCUUGGCUCAGUGACUUCAGUAGCUGGGGUGUCUGGCUUGCUAGAGCUCGGCAUGGAGCAAUUGCUUCAAUUAUGAACUUGGUUGUGGCAGCUGUUAUUUACAGCAUAUGGAGGAAUAGAAAUAGGUGUUUUUUUAUGGCUAUUCUUUGA